AUGGCGCAGUUCGGUGCAGCAACGACCAGACGAGAGGUUGUCGCAGCCUUCCCGGAACGUGUCAAAGACAAAACAUUUCUUAUCACAGGCCCUUCUCCUAGCGGUAUUGGUUCAGCCACUGCCUACGCCCUAGCAACCGGAGCUCCCCGUACGCUUGUCCUUCUUGCCCGCUCCAAGGCCAAGUACCAACCUGUCACUGACAACAUUCACGACAUCGAUCCCCUUGUCAAUGUCAAGUUCGUCGAAAUAGACCUCGCAUGUAUGGCAAGCGUCCGCAAAGCUACUGAGGCGAUACUUGCCGAUAGAGACAUCACGACCAUUGACGGAGUGUUUAACAAUGCGGGUGUCAUCACCAAUGAUCUCAUACGCACGCCGGAUAGAUUUGAGAGUUAA